UGUGUGUGUGAGAGAGAAAGAGAGGGUGAUGGGAGUGUGUGUUGAUCCCUUUCGCAGUGAGUAAGGCGAGUGGGCGAUAACAGCAACUGGUCUGCCUGUGUUGUUGCGUAGCAGACGUGCCUCACACUGCACGAUAUUACUCAUUUCCUCAGCCCUGCGCACACACAAACACACACUCGCACACUUUUUCAUAACGCGCCUCGCUGCCUUUUCGAUAUGUUGUGAGUCUACAGUUUGUCUGCUGUACCUGCACACCCCGUGUCUGCGGCGUGCGUGCGUGCGUGUGUGUUGAAGAGAUGCAGGAGUGAGUGGCGUCACACGGAUCGCAUCUGCUCAUCGCACACCAGCAAGGUCAGUCACAUCAGGUUAAUGAACGUGGUUCUGAACGUGGCUGUGUUUGACAAGUGGUGUGCGUGAUGUUGUUCAGCAAAAGAACGUGUGUCUCUCCUGGCCCCUCAUUCUCCUCAGCUGCCCAUGUAACCUAGUCUGGCCCAGCAGGCCCGGGGACUGCCCCAUGAAUCCAAGCCCAGACCGCAGCAAAGAGUGUCUUCCCCCCAAGAAGCGCGAGUCCCGACAGGGCUUGUCGGAUCAGCCGGCCCCAGAGAAUGACUUCAAACCCCCUGCCCCUCUCCGAAGCCGAAGGCCUCGUCGCUCCACCGAGGGUCACAGGGAAAGUGCAGAUCUUCAGCCACCUCCUCUGCCUCCCCUUCCACCAUCGUUGCCUUGGCAGGUGUCCUAUGCCCCCUCCAUGCACCACUCAUACCUGCCGAUCCAAGUGGGUGAGAGGCGAGGGUCGCUCUCUGCAUCCUGGAGAGACACGAUGUGUGGACGGGGAAUGGAGGGAGGAUUGGAUCACCCUGUUUCCCACCAUUCCCGCUGGCUCCGUGGCGAUGUCCCUCCCCUAAACUUGCAGCCACUUAUCUCAGUGCCCACGUUCAAGAACGUCUACAUGAGUGAGUCCGUGGAGAUGUGGCCCUACAGCCACAAUCGACGAGACUACAGCUCCCACUUCUCCUCUUACAUUUAUCCUCGGCCAACAGUCUAUCCCCACGACACCAUCCCUGACAGCGGGCUCAGGUACCACAGUAGAAGGCCCAAUGGUGUGGAUGGCCCAGACAGCGGGUCUAGCAGGAGAGCACCCUUGUGCAAUGACGAUGGAAAUGGUAUCAUGACCAGCUUGGAUGGCUCCAGUGCUAAUGGCAGGAGAAGACAAGAGGACACAUCUAGACAGAGCACUGGGAAAGGCAUCCAGGUGCAAGAAAGCACAAGUGCACAUUCCUCACCACGAGACAGGGACCCUCGGAGAACACAGAAAGCUCUGGUGCCACCCUUGUCAGAUGCAAAGGCAGGAAAGACAAUUGCUUCUCAGGACUAUUACAGUGGAAGUGCCUCGCAGGCUGGAGCUCAAAUCUACUAUGCCCUAGGCUCCCUCUGUCCUACUGCUCAUCAGAACCCUCAGGCAUACCCACAGCUUAGCCCUUCCUUCCCUCCGAGAAAAUCUCAGCCCUCCCCACACAGCCAGCACAACAGCCAUGGGGCUGAGACAGAAUGGGAUACCUCCGUGGGACAGUACUGCCCUGUCGUCGCUGUGCUCACUGGCCCCGACCCACCCGCCUCUGCAGUCCUACCUCAUUUUGCCAAAGGUUCCCUUAUUGAACUGGCCGGUGGCCGUCUCAAGAGGGUGGAGGAGUUAAAGACAGAGGAUUUCUUACGCAGUGUUGACACCUUGCCUGAGUUUCACCUGAGCACCUGCACUAUUCUGUUAAUCUCACCUGGACCCACCCACGGCUUCAACCAUCUGCAGGUUCUGCUCACAGACCGCAACACUCAGGAGCUACUCACAGUCUUAGCUGAAUAUCCAUUUUUUGUACGGGAUCAAGGCUGGUCUUCAUGCAGUCCUCAGCGAAGCGCCCAGCUGUACGGCCUGCAGUGUCGUCAGCUCAGCACAGGUGACGUGUGUCUGGCACUGACUCCAACACCCACUCCGCAGUUUGCGCACUUCGGCAGCCAGGUGCAGCGUUCGCAAGUGGGGGUGCUUCCUUGCUCAGAAACAGCAGAGAGGAUGCCCCCUCCCCCGGCACCUCCCCCUCUCCCUCUGGCCCUGACUUCUCCCCCUGUUCUGCCGAGAGAGCGCAAAAGACACUGGUCUGCUCCCGAGCUCCAGUCAGGGAGCGAAACUAGCCCCAGUUUACCUCAUGGUUGUAAGCAGGAAAGAAAGCAGUAAGCAGGAGCGAGAAGGUGACGAAGAUUUGCAACUGGUUAAUUCUUUGUAACCUCACACACCCCUUGGUUAAAUAGUUCCUUAUUGUUAAACAAGCGUUAAAUGACAGGCUGGGAAAGCCCAAAUUGAGACAAUCAAAAAUCACUUAUCUGUGAUGCCAUGCACCUUUUACUUAUGCUAAUCUCCAGCCUUCUUCUGCAGGGUAUGUCUUUUCAAUCAGUGUUAUGACAACAGAUAAAAGAAGAUAGAAGUCUGCUGUUAUUUACGCAACACAACGUUUAUGAAUGUAUUAGCGGCCUUCAGCCAAGCUUUCAGUGUGGGGUCCAUAUGCUAGCUCACUUUAGCAUUAUUCUCCAGUCUUUUCUCACCGAGGGAAAAGACACUAUCGACCCCACACCCCAGCUGGGAAUUCCACGGACGCGCCGCCCUGGGCUUGGUGUCUCGGUGUGUGACGGUGCUAUCAGAAAGCUCCUCUGGUGAUCUGUGGUUUUCCCUUCCAUGUUUCUGUGUGAUGGAAAGCAGGGAAUAAAUAUGGAGAUCUCAGAUACGGGUAUAUCUACUGUUGAUCAAGCACACUCUAUCACUUUAUUUUUUCUCUUUUAUUUUUGUUGUUGUGGUUUUUCAAUAACAUUUGUUGUUUUUUCUUUAUAAAUGUUAUAGCUCUAAAAGUGUAUAUUUUUAAAG